AUGAUAAAUUAAAAAUUACAUAUUUUUUAACAUUCUCUUUUAAAUUUAUUAAAGUAACUUAAAACUGUUCUAAUUGUAUUAAGCUUAAAAACAUUGUUAAACAUAAUUUAUAAUAUUCUUAUAUAAAGUUAGUUUCAAUGGCUUGUAUUUAUCACAAAAUAGCUGAAAUUUGUAGAAUGUUCCUUUUUACAACUUAUAAUUAUAAAAACUUUAGAAAAUUUCAUUUUUUUAAAAAAAAAAGUAAUGAUUAAGUUUUUUAGUAUCUGCUUGCUGCUUUGUAUUGUUUAUGCUUAGAUUCCUACUAAAGUCAGCGAAUUGAGCAUAAAAAAUCCUGGGUUUACUUCUUUGGCUUCUAACUUUUUUAAAAAUUAGUCAAAGAAUGCUGUUCUAUUAACUACUUUUGGAGUAACUGGUUUUGACUCUUUAUACUAAAUUUCUUUUUAAAAUGAUGAUUUGUCAAAACCUCAAGCUACUUCUUUUGACACAAAAUCAAUUUGGCCUAAUCAAGCUGAUUACUAUCAGUAAUAUCAGCUUAUAGUUGAAGCAGGUGGAUUUUUCCCUAACCCUUCUAAAGCUACAGGAGAUAUUAACCUCUACUAAGUAAAUGAUGAUGGUUAAGUCACUAACAAAAUUAAAGUUUCAAAAGAUAAAAAAAACUUCUUUUAUCACAGGGCUAUACUAGUUGACCUUAAUAACGAUGGUCUCCCUGAUAUAUUAGCAGCUAGAGCAUAAAAAAGUGUGUUUUCUUCAUCAGGAGAACUUAUUUGGUUAGAAAAUAAAGGAAAUUUUUAGUUUGAAGAACACAUACUAACUAGUGGACCUGACGUAUUCUUUAUUUUUGUUGAUCUAAAUAACGAUGGUAAAUAAGAAGUUGUAGCUGCAUAGUAUUUUUCUAAAGAGCUCGCUAUUUACUCCUGCCAAUAAUCUAAUUGGUCUCUUUGCAACCAAUCAACUAUUUAAAAAACUUUGAUUGAUAACACGAUUGGUAGUCUUUUCAACUUGGAGCUUACUGACUUAAAUGGAGAUGGUAAAAAGGAACUUUUAGUUACCAAUAAUUCAGCUUCAGGAGAUGGUUAAGUAUUCAUUUAUGAAAUUCCUGAUAAUUACCAAACAGGAAAAUUCAUAAAACAUCCUAUCGGUAGUACUUAUAAGCCUUCUCUUGCACUUUUACCAGGAAGAGGUGCACCAGGAACUGCAUCAAGCUUUGCACUUGAUGGUUUAAAGAAUAAAUAUAUCAUCGUAAGUGGAGAUGAUGCUGGAGUUGUUAGGCUCUUAAUUCCUUAAGAUGGUUUAUUCAAUUAUAAAGAAGUAGUUCUUUGUGAAAGCAAGAAUAACAAUACUAUUGGUGAAGUAGCUCAUGGAGAUUUCAAUAAAGAUGGAAUUCUAGAUUUAGUGAUUCCUUUUUAUUCUGAAGGAAAAGUUGAAAUUUGGAGUUUUAAGAAUUAAUAAUAAGAAGUAACUAAACAAAAUUAAAAUAAAGAAAGUAUCUUAUCUUACUUUGAUAACUUAGUAAGUAGUUUGAUAAGAUUUAUUAAUGAUUUAAUUAAAAAAUUAACAAAUAAAUUAUGA